ACUCUAUGUUAACCUAUACAUCGUAAACGUAACAAGGUGAAUUACAUUAUUUUUUGCAUUCUGACACGAGUCAGAAGAUAUAAAACGCAUGUGUAGCAGGUAUGGCACACUUAAUCAGGAACGUUUCUCUUCUACUAUUCACAGAAGAGUGCAUAGAAGAAUAUUUCGAUGACAUGAAUUUUUUUCACGUUGGAUGCUUCAAAUUGGCGCUGAGCAAAUUUUUAGGUCUCGGCAUCAUCGGUGGAUCUCUUCUCGUCAAGAUACCACAAAUUGUAAAAAUUCUUAGAAGUAAAAGUGUAGAAGGCAUCAAUGUCUUCAGCGUAUUACUGGACUUAUUUGCCAUGACGGCCAUGGUAUCCUACAGUUUUAUAAGUGGUUUUCCAUUCAGUUCAUGGGGUGAUGGAGUUUUUUUAGGUAUACAAACUUUAGCAAUUGCAAUAUUAGUCAUGCAUUUCAGUGGUAAUACAGUUCAAGCAACUGCAUUCCUUGUUGCUUAUCUAGCAGUGUUCUUUGCUGCUACUAGUGGCUUAACCCCGGUGAAUGUUCUCUGGGGUUGUCAGGCAAUGAAUAUACCCAUUGUACUUGCUAGUAAGUUAAUGCAAGCCUACACAAAUUACUCCAAUGGAAAUACUGGUCAGCUAUCAGCAAUAACAGCUUUCAUGCUCCUCUUUGGAUCUCUUACACGAAUAUUUACCUCUGUCCAAGAAACAGGAGAUACCACAAUGAUAAUAAUGUAUAUGUGCUCCUCUAUAUCAAAUGCUAUAAUAGCUGCACAAAUUUUGUAUUAUUGGAAUGUAGAUGCGAAAAGCAAAGAUGGAACAAAGAAAAAUCAAUAAGUAAAUUAACAAAAUUUUUAAUAUUCUGGGAAAUAAUUAAAUAACGAAGUCAAAAAACCAUGCAACGAAAUAAAAUGUGUAAGUGGGUGUAAAUAAAUCAGCAUUCUGAUAUCAAUAGUCUGAGAAGGAUACACCUACUUUAAUGAAGAAGGUAUAAAUGUAUCUAAGUUAAUAAACUAAUAUUUUAAAUACCCU